AUGCGUUGUUGCGCGCUUGGAAUUGCCCUUGUGAUCCUGGUCAACGGGCAGUUCAACAUUCCCAUACCGUUCGGAAAUAUUGGGUUACAAAAGAAUGCGGAGGGAAAUCUCGAAAUCACUUCUAACGAAGGAUUCAACCUAUUCGGAUAUGGAGGAAAGCGAAAUCUGAAAGUGAUAACAGGAAAUGGAACGUUCCAUAUUGAAAAGGAAGAUGUCGGCCUCGUCAAUGGUUCGCAAUUUGGUGGAUCAGGAGCAUUCAGUUUUGACAAGCAGAAAGGGAUUGAUAUCGGGCAAAAUGUCACAUUGGGAGACAAAACAGCUGUGGGUGGUCCCGGUCGAGAAGGUGGCUUUCUUGUGGAAUUGUUACGAGCACUGCAAAGUUUAACAAAGAUGCAUUCCUAG